UUGAUCGACCGCUGCAAAAAUCGCGUUUCGUCGCAAAACACCAAAAUUCGCUUGAUCGGAUCGAGCCGGUAAAUUUGUAAAGAAAAUCUAUCGGAGUGGUUGGAAAAAGUUUCGAAGUAAUUUCGUCAGUAAGUAAAAGUGUCGUAUCGAAGGAACGCAAUGGCUUCGAUCGCGAAGAAGGUAAAAAAGUCGGAAGACGCAUUGGAGGAUGAAUCGGAAGCGUUGGAAGCAAUCGACAACUGUCAGAACGAGAUUGAUGCGCUCAACGAAAAAGCGAGCGAGGAAAUCCUUAAAGUGGAGCAGAAAUACAAUACGCUCCGAAAGCCGUAUUUCCAGAAGCGCAAUGAAAUUAUUAAGCGCAUUCCGAGUUUCUGGGUUACAGCCAUUGUUAAUCAUCCGCAAAUUUCUGGUAUCCUUGAAGAGGAAGAGGAAGAGUGCUUGCAGUUUAUGGAAAAACUUGAAGUAGAAGAAUUCGAGGAUAUAAAGAGUGGCUAUCGUGUGCAUUUUUACUUCGACGAAAACCCAUACUUUGAGAACAAAGUGCUAACAAAGGAGUUUAACCUGGGAUCCAGUGGGGGUAAAGAGACACCUGUUUCGACAAGUACUCCAAUCAAAUGGAAACCGGAUCGAGAUCUGACGAAAAUGUUACCGAAGAAGGCUUUGGCCAACCGGCGAAAGCGGGGACUAGAAUAUCGAACAUUUUUCGAUUGGUUCACGGAUAAUAAUGAUCCGAUCAAUGACGAUAUCGCUGAACUGAUCAAGGAUGAUUUAUGGCCAAAUCCGUUGCAGUACUAUCUGGUGCCGGACAUAGAGGUUGAAGCGGAAGCUGAGGAAGAUGGUGGUGACGAGGAGUUUGGCGAUGAAGGUGAAGAGGAAGAGGAUGAAAUCGAUGAGGAGGAAGAGGAAGCCUAAUCUUUCCCGAGUAGAGUCGGUAAUGAGCACACUUUGAUGUAACAUGUUCUUUUACCCUAGGUAUAAAUGUGAGUGGAGAUCGGAAGGAUCGAUUCUAUUUCUAUUUUAAACAUUGUUUGCUAUCACGGUAUCCAUAUUUAUAUGGCAUUUCGCGCGAUCCGGUUUAAAAAUUUUUCUAUAGCGAUUCAACACCAGACAUCAGUUUCAGUAGUUGCACAAACUACUCCUAUCUCAAUUUGAUUGAACAAUGGCACCCAUAGGAAAAAGGUUUAUUCUAUCAUACCGUUACUAUUAGUAUUCAACAAGCAGAAGCUUAGAAAGAUUGUGUUACACAAUCAACAAACAUAGAAAUGAAUCAAAAAUCUUACCGACUAACAAUAGCUAAGAAUAGAAUGUCCACAUCAGAAAAAUUAAUAUAAAAUUGAACAUUUGUAUUAUUGGCAAAUCAUACUACAAUUGAACUAUAAACUGCAAAUAAACAUUACUGUUGAGACGAAA